GGCGCUUAUAGUGCAAGUGAUUAAGACUCUGGGAAAAGAAGAAGUUUGUUUUUAAAGAUAUUCCCCCCCUUUUUCUUAAAGAUUUUAGCUCAUGGGAGAAUGGCUGCAACGGGUCGUGUUGUCGGAUAUGUUCCUCAGCCCAGUUACGACGGACAGGUUGAACCAACAAAGUUACUUCGCCUGCGUGUUAUAGGUGGGAGUGGCUUAGCCAAAAAAGACAUAUUUGGUGCUAGUGACCCAUAUGUAAAAAUUGAAUUAGUAAAUAUCACAUCUAAUGGGGGUGAUGAUGUCGUUGACUGCGUUCUCACCAAAAAAAAGAAAAAGACAUUAAACCCACGUUGGGAUGAAGAGUUUAUAUUUAGAGUGAAGCCAGCUGAGCAUAAACUGCUACUGGAGGUAUUUGAUGAGAACCGUGUCACAAGGGACGAUUUCUUGGGUCUGGUGGAGCUGCCGCUGAUCAACCUCCCACGUGAAGUGGAAGGGAGACAAAUUCCGCAUCGUCACCAUCGCCUUCAGCCAAGAAGUGCAAGGUCUCGGGUCAAAGGUCACCUACAGCUGUAUGUUGCCUACAUAGUGGAUGAUCCCCCUGGCAGCAGUGGAGCUUCAGGUGAACAGACACCCGAGGAAGCUGGUUGGGAAGUGGUCAGCAUUGACAACAGCUCCGGCCAUGAAGAAUCACCUGCACAGCCUGUUUUGGUGCCCAAUGACGGCCAGAGUCCACUCCCAGAAGGUUGGGAAGAGCGUCAAGAUGCUAAUGGCAGGAUGUACUAUGUAAAUCACAAUGCCCGAACGACGCAGUGGGAACGGCCAACUAGGUACAACAACUCCCAAGGCAAUAAUGAACAUGAGCGUAAUCAACGUCUAGAGUCAGCACAGAACGAAUUUAGGAAUGAAUUUAGGCGCAGGUUUCAUAUAUCCGUUGACGACAACGAAGUGUCUAGAGGGGACAACACCACCAUCUUGCAACAGGAACCAGAGGGCCGAGGUGAUGCUGAUCAGGAGGGGGAGGACGUGGAGGAUGAGGAUGGUGAUGAGGAGGAUGAGGAUGAGGGGGAGGAGGAAGAGGAGGAGGAGAGUGGGGAAGAGGGAGGACAAGCCCAUGAGGAGGAAGAGGCACAACCUCGGUUUGAGGAAGUCGCCUCCGAAGAGAUUCAGGAGGCUCAAAGUCCGGCCGGCCAGCGACCUUCUUCCACGGCAAGUUUACCUGCCACCCCCACCACUAUCACCAACAACUCUAGUGCUGCCAGUCUUGCACCCAAGCCUCAAACUCCAACUACGACAGGCACUGAUGAAACACUUCCCCGGGGAUGGACCAGCCAGGUGGCACCAAAUGGUCGUGUUUUCUUUAUUGACCAUGUCAAUAAGCAGACAACUUGGAUUGAUCCACGAUCGGGCAUGCCCAGCUCUCCGCCCAACCAACGACAUGCUAACAACUGGAGACACGAAGAUGAACUGGGACCUUUGCCUGAGGGCUGGGAGCAGAGAGUCCACACUGACGGUCGCAUCUUCUUCAUUGAUCAUAAGAACCGCACAACUACUUGGGAAGAUCCUCGACUACUCAACCCAGCGAUCGCCGGUAAAGCCAUUCCAUAUUCCCGAGACUACAAGCAAAAGUACGAGUUCUUCAAGAAUAACCUUCCAAAACCAGCUAAUGUUCCUAAUAAGUUUGACAUCAAGGUAAAGAGGAACAACAUUCUUGAGGAUGCCUUCGCAAUAAUCAGCCAGGUGACCCGCGUGGAUCUCCUGAGAACCAAGCUUUGGAUCGAGUUUGAGGGAGAGGUCGGUUUGGAUUAUGGUGGUGUUGCAAGAGAAUUCUUCUUCCUCUUGUCUAAAGAAAUGUUCAACCCAUACUAUGGACUCUUUGAAUACUCUGCCACAGAUAACUACACCUUGCAAAUUAACCCCUACUCUGGCAUGUGCAAUGAAGAGCAUCUUCGUUACUUCAAGUUCAUUGGACGCGUUGCUGGUAUGGCGGUAUACCACGGGAAGUUGCUAGACGCUUUCUUCAUUCGGCCAUUCUACAAAAUGAUGCUUGGAAAACCCAUUGAACUGAAGGACAUGGAGAGUGUUGACUCAGAGUACUAUAACUCCCUCCUGUGGAUUCAGGAAAACGACCCAGCAGAUUUAGACCUGACCUUCAGUGUUGAUGAGGAGUCCUUUGGAAGAACGUCGUCCCACAAUCUUAAGGAGAAUGGUGGAGAAAUACCUGUUACCAAUGAGAAUAAGCACGAAUAUAUCGAGCUGGUCAUCAAAUGGCGCUUUGUGCAGCGUGUUCACGAUCAGAUGGAAGCUUUCCGAGAAGGCUUCAGCGACGUUGUACCCAUCUCCCAUAUCAAGAUCUUUGAUGAGAAUGAAUUAGAGCUGUUGAUGUGUGGCAUCGUUUCCAUUGAUGUGAAGGAUUGGAGAAUGAACACUGUGUACAAGGGAGAAUAUCAUCCCAACCACAUUGUUAUCCAGUGGUUCUGGAGGGUGGUGCUGUCUUUCACGAAUGAGAUGAGAGCCCGUCUGUUGCAGUUUGUUACAGGAACUUCUCGAGUACCUAUGAACGGCUUCAAAGAGUUGUAUGGAAGCAAUGGCCCACAACUAUUCACAAUAGAAAUGUGGGGUGAGACGAAAAACUAUCCUCGCUCACAUACCUGCUUCAAUCGCCUGGACUUGCCUCCCUACCAGUCGUAUCAUGAGCUGCGGGAAAAGCUCAUCAAGGCCAUCGAAGGAACUGUAGGCUUUGCAGGCGUGGAUUAGAUUAAUAGAUAAGUUUGGUAAAGCAAAUGGAACGUCUUGGUUAGGGGGAGGGGGCAAGGGAGGGUAAUCCCAGGACCAAGCAACUGAAUAUGCAAGCAUCGGAGGAACCACAGAGAGCUUGAAGAAUUGAAUGUUGAUAUAUGCAAAAAUUUUGAAUGUAUCAAGUAGUGUAUUUGUUCUUGAACAUAGAGAUGAUUCCAAUCCUAAUUUUUACUGUAGAGGAUUCUUGUGAUUACUGUCUUCUGAGCAGAUUGAAUAUUGAUUUUAAGGAGUGAGAAGAAAAAAUCCUGAAAGGAAAACGAGGAAGGAAUUUUGCUAUCAGUAGGUGUGAGAGGGUGCAAAUAGCCUUGUGUAUAAGCGCUGGAGAGGAGAAUACUACUGACAAUAUACCCAGAAUUCUCACCAAAACUUUCUCAUUCUGUUCUUUAGAUAUAUAUAAAUAUAUAUAUAUACUCCUCAUACUUAUUAUUAUCUCUUGUUGAAUGGUAGCUUAGACCUUCACCCCUUGUGUCAAGCAAGGAUAGUGAUCCUCAUUAUAGCAUCAUAUUUAAAAAGUAAAAUAUUAAUACAUCCACAUUUUCUAUAUUUAAAAAAAAAUGAGAGAAUAGUAGAGAAAUGGUAGCCUCAUUGUUAUUUGAAAGAUUAAUAUUAAAAAGAGGUAAAUUUUACAUAUUGUGAUAUAAAUGGCAGUUGGUUCAAAUGUCAGUAAGGAAGAUGGUCAUACUAGCCCAUACUCAACAUAUUUUUGUUGUAUGAUCUUUUGGUCAUCUACAAGCGUAAAUUGAAUGUGUUUACAUGUGCGUGUACUUUUGAGGGUGCAUUUGUGUCCAUGUUUGAGUGUGUGGGUCAGGAAUGUUUUGCUCUGAAGAACAAAAGUUGAGAACGAGGAAUCGGUUGUAUACGUGUGCUUGUUGAAGAUUAUGUGUUUUUAUGCAUUUGUAUGUGUGUGUUUGUGUGCACGUAUGUGUAAAAUGUAUUUUCAUUGUUUGUAUGUGAAUCUUUAAAAACACUCUUUGCCUUCUCUCUUUCUAAGAUAUAUAUUGUUUAUUGGACUGUAAAUACGGUAUUACAUUUUGUCUACAA